AUGAUCCUUAGCGUCAAAGCAGUGGACUGGGAUCACACAGACGCUUCGAGGCUACGCGCAGCCCAGCAAGAGGAGAUUGAUCCGACCGGUACCGAUGAAUGUGGAGUCAUACCAACCGCAGCAGAUAUCGCUGUAUUUCUGGUUGUAUAUCUUGGAUCCGAUGCAGUCGCAUGUGCUGGGCUGCGCCACUUGGUGGAUGCUACUGAGCCGACAUGUAUGGAUAUUGCUGAGAUCAAGAGGAUGUUCGUGGUGCCUGAUGUACGUGGUUAG